AUGGUCGGGCUUUCCGCUGGCGGGAGCGUUGCUCUAGGUGUCUUCGUCGGACUGCUGUCCACCAGCAUCCAGAGCGUCGGCCUGACCCUACAGCGCAAGUCCCAUCUGCUCGAAGAGGAGAAGGAAGAGCACCAUGUCCGCCGCCCGCCCUACAGACGCCGCCGGUGGCAGCUGGGCAUGCUCAUGUUCAUUAUCGCAAACCUGGUCGGCAGCACCAUUCAAAUCACUACUCUCCCGCUACCCGUGCUGUCGACGUUGCAGGCGUCCGGCUUGGUCUUCAAUUCGAUAUGCGCAAGCCUCAUUUUGAGCGAACCUUUCACCAGAUACUCCCUCUUCGGCACAAUCCUCGUCGCAGUCGGCGCGGUUCUGAUAGGCACGUUCGGCGCCCUGACGGAACCCUCUCAUACUCUCGAUCAACUCCUCGCCCUCCUCGCGCGCCCCGAGUUCCUCGUAUGGCUCUUCGCCACUUUUUUCAUCAGCAUACUCCUUUUCAUCGCGCAAUGGUUCAUGAAACGACUAUUUCACCGCCCUUCGCCCCUAGUGCGCCUCCUGCGGGGAAUGUGUUUUGGCGCUAUGAGCGGCAUUCUAUCCGCCCACUCCCUCCUAGUCGCCAAGUCUGCCGUCGAGUUGUUGGUACGGACUAUCGUUGACAGACACAACCAGUUUAAUCGCUGGCAGUCAUGGGUCAUCCUCCUCGGUCUCGUGGCCUUGGCGCUGUCGCAACUUUACUUUCUGCACCGGGGCCUCAAGCUUACCUCCACUAGCGUUCUUUACCCUUUCGUUUUCUGCAUCUACAACAUCAUUGCCAUUCUGGACGGCCUCAUCUACUUCCGCCAGGCCUCACGAUUGCCCGUGCGCGACGCUUGCCUGAUCGCCGUCGGCGUCGUUAUCUUAUUGGGCGGCGUAGCCUGCCUUAGCUGGCGCUUGGAGGAUAAGGUCCCCGCGGCCGCCGGCCACCAAAGAAAGGCUUCACGGCAUUCCUUUACUGGCGUGCCGCCUCCUCGCACCGCUCUUACUCCUGGUCUGGGCUUCAUCGACACAGGAGGCUCCGAAUCUGACGAGCAAUCCCCCUUUUUGGGACCCACCCACUUUGACGAAGAAUCGCCGCUAGGCAUUUCCAGCGGGAACAAGAAGCGCAAGAGCAGUCAUGCGGCUGGUGUAGGACCGGACGAACAGACUCCAUUGUUGACGCGUGCGAACACCGCCCCCUUCAGAACCGGGGAUGCUGGUACUUUCAGUCAGGGAAGAGAAGGGCGACCCCGGCCGGCGAACCUCAGCAAGCUGCGUCGCAUGACCAUUUCGGAAGAAGCAGGGGAAAUUUGGGAUGAGCUGAAUGACCGGACUAGUCCUGGGAACAGCCUGCGCUCUCCACUUGACAGCAGAGGGCGUGGACGAGCAAGGGCCCACGCGAGAGCAAGGUCAGGGACGUUACCGAUUCUCCACGAGAGCGGCCGGAGGGACUCGUGGUGGGAUAAAUUCACUCUCGGAAGCGGCAAGAAACCCGAAGCGGUGCCUAGCCCAAGAACGAGGUCGGGAGCGGGUACCAGCGACUACGAGGACGACGACCCUGCAGCACCCUUGAUGAGCCCCAGCCCUCCGCAGAGGAACCCCGGAUGGUUUCGAACCAUACGCAUUCCGCGGACGAGAAGCGCGUCGGACAGGCAGGGGAGCAGGGGGCCGUUCAGAAUGAGUUGGUGGAGCAGGAAUUAUCCAAAAAACGAUAGCCAGGACGAAUCACCACCAGAGAGACGGAAUGGAGAUGGCGAUGGUGGUGGUGAUGGUCGCUGA